UCUACUGAGCCAUCUCCCCAGCCCGUUGUGUUAUCCUCGAAUUCCGAGACUCGUCUUGAGUAGCUGGAACUGCAGGUGGAUGCCACUACAUCCUCUAACCCUUGAAGGCACACAGGAGCACAAUGACUUACCCAAAGGCACGCAGACAGUGAACAGCAGGUGCAGGGAAGGUGCUAAGCCUCUCUGCCCCUUCCUCUAUCAGACCCUGGAUCCGGUUCCCUGUUUUUUGACUCCUCUACAGCCCCAUUCUUUGGGGCCCAAUGCAGCUGGUGCUGCACUCUGCUUGGAGUGGGGCGCCUCUAGUUUGGUUACGUCACCCCCUUUUUAUUAGUACAUGUGCUGCCAAAGCGACCACUGGUUGUGGUCAUCCCUGAGUCAGGGAGUACCUGGCACCUGGAGUACACUGGGGUGGACACUGCCUUCCCCUAUUUCUUUGCUGUUGUGCAUAGCCCUUCUUAAAUAUGCACAAGGACACACAGACUCAGUCCCUGUGGUCUGGGCCCCUCCUUGCCCUGCCCCACCCACCACCGACCUCACCCAGCAGGAAAGGGACAGGCAGUACCCCUCCCUCCAGGUGUGGGCGUGAGCUAGGACUCUGCAGCCAGAGGCCCCAGAGGAGCACACAGACCCAGAGCCUCCUGCCGAGAGCCUGCGGUGGCACCUGCCAGUCUGGCAGGCACCUGCUGGCCCCUCCACCCAGCAAAACCAGCCUGUGCGAUGCUCACACCUAAUAUCUCGGUCCCACUGCCCACGUUCUUUUGGGUCAACGCCUCAGGAGCUGGGGUGCUGGGUGCUGAUGAUGCCACACUGCCUGUCGAAUUCUUCACCCUGAGGAUCUUGGUAGCCCUGGCCUACGGGCUGGUGGGGGCCAUCGGCUUUCUGGGGAACUUGGCUGUGCUGUGGGUGCUGGGUAACUGUGGUGCUCGGCAAGCCCCUGGUCCACCUUCUGACACCUUCGUCUUCAGCCUGGCUCUGGCGGACCUGGGGCUGGCGCUUACUUUGCCCUUCUGGGCUGCUGAGUCAGCACUGGACUUCCACUGGCCUUUCGGAAGCGCCUUGUGCAAGAUGGUCCUGACAGCCACCGUCCUCAAUGUCUACGCCAGCAUCUUCCUCAUCACGGCCCUGAGUGUUGCCCGGUACUGGUUGGUGGCCAUGGCUGCAGGGCCACGUACCCACGUCUCACUGUUUUGGGCCCGUGUGGCCACCGCGGCAGUAUGGAUGGCAGCAGCCCUGGUGACAGUGCCCACAGCCAUCUUUGGGGCUGAAGCUGAGGUGUGGGGUGUGCACCUCUGCCUGUUGCGCUUCCCCAGCAGGUACUGGCAGGGGGCCUACCAACUGCAGAGGGUGGUCCUUGCCUUUGUGCUGCCCUUGGGCAUCAUCACCACCAGCUACCUGCUGCUAGUGACCUUCCUGCGGAGGCGGCAACGACGGCGGCGGGAUAGCAGAGUAGUAGCCCGCUCUGUCCGUAUCCUGGUGGCCUCCUUCUUCCUUUGCUGGUUUCCCAACCAUGUGGUCACUCUCUGGGGUGUCCUGGUGAAGUUUGACCUGGUUCCCUGGAGCAGAACUUUCUACACUGUGCAUACUUACGUCUUCCCUGUCACCACCUGCCUGGCACACAGCAACAGCUGCCUCAACCCUGUGCUGUACUGUCUGCUGCGGCGGGAGCCCCGCCAGGCUCUGGCAGACACCUUCAGGGAUCUACGUUCCAGGCUGUGGCCCCAGGACCCCCAGCAGGUGGUCCUAAAGGAGGUAGGCAGCCCAUGGAUAGCGAGCACUCCCCAGGACAGUGGGCCUUCUGAUGUGCUUGCAAACAUUCACCAAGGGACACCGGCUUGAAGGACAAGGCUCCACUCUCUCUAGGACCACAGAGGAUCCACAGAUCCCAGGUAGAGGCUGUGCUCUCAGCCAGGCCCACAGAAGUUCUGAUCUCCAAUCGCCAACUCUGGGUGUAGGAAAUGUGGGAGGCCAGGGCCCAGGUCUGAGCUGGGUGUGACAAAGCUUAAGUGUUUAUUUGGAGGUGCAAAAGAAGAGGAACUCUGAAUAAACUUUUGGAUUACCCACAAAUUGCCCUGGUUAUUUAUUAAUUUAUUAAUUACUUAAUUUGGUACCAGGGCUCA